ACGUGUCCCCCAAAAAGCAGGUAGCAGAUGCAGGCCCAGAGUCUCCAUUAAAGUGGUGUCGGCAAGUUCUUGACCAUCGCAGCCCAGACACUGAAGUGGCAUGUCGGACUCUCAUCAACCGUUUGGACCAAACUACUCGGUGGAGAAGCAUGUACAGCAGCCCUUCAGCAGAGACGGGCUCUGCUGGCUCAGGCCUGAUCUCUCCUGGGUACCACAAAUCAACUAACAAAUCCCUACUAACCAGUGGCAAUUCAGGCGCAAGCGUGCACUCUGCUUUGAGCUCACAGUCCUCUAUUGAUAGUGAGCUAAGCACAUCAGACGACUCCAUCUCCAUGGGCUAUAAGCUGCAAGAUCUUACCGAUGUUCAGAUCAUGGCUCGGCUUCAAGAAGAAAGUUUAAGGCAAGACUAUGCAUCCAGCUCAGCCUCUGCAUCACGUCGCAGCUCCACAACAUCUUUGCAGUCACUGCGCAGAUGUGGCAACUACAGUGACCAGGAGUUUGAUAGUUACAGUCUUGAAGAUGAAGAUGAAUUCUGUUCUUUGCCGCCACGGCACCAUCGAUUUACCCCCUCACCCCUCAGUUCACCCCGAUGCCAGUCACCUUCAACUUCCAACCACGGCCAAGAAUACAAUGUGCGUCUGGGGGCUUCACGCACAAGGACUCCUAGACGAUCUCUUCAGGGUCCAAGUGCUGAACUUCUCAAAUUUGCCAAAAGUGAAGAAGAGUUGAGGCACAGCAUGCCAAAUCUGGCUCCCCGCACUAGCCUUCGUUCACUGGAGGCAGUCAGAAACAGCCGUAGCAUGGAGGCUAACCUCCAGAGCUCUGGCAAUCGCAUGUCCCACCUUUCCAACCCCCCCUCCACAGGUAUGACAAAUGGUCGCAUUCGCUGCAAUGGCCAGUCUCCUCUUUCACUGCGAACCCCUGUUAAAGCAGUAGGUCCCAUGUCAGGCAGCCACUCUUCCAGAGGUUUACCUGUAAUUCAAGGCCCGCCUGCUGCAGGGGGACGGAGAGUGCAGUCCCCAAGCUCUGCAAAUGGUGGACCCUACAUUCCUGGAAGACCCACUAUUGGAACAACCAGAACAGGCAUGGGUCGAGGACCAAAUGCAUCAUCAGCACCCUCAAGAAGUACAUUCUCACACAACCCCAGAAGGUCUAUGGGUAUUACAAAAAUUUCAGAUGAAGCCUGGAAAGAUGGCUGCUACUAAGUUUCUGUUGAUGAAGGAUAUCUAUUCUGUCUUAAAUGCCCUAAUAAUUUUAUUUGAGCAAACUGUGUCAAACCAUCCUUUAAACCUCUUGGUCCCUCAUUUCAGAUGGGCAAUAGAUUUACACAUUUCCUUUGCAUGAAACAUUGUGAACCCACUCUAGUGAUAUUGUGUAGUAGGUGAGGCACAUUGUCACAGACCAAUUGAAACUUCCUAUUGGACUUUUUUUUUAGUAUAAAGUCAAUGUGCUGGGAUUGUAAAGGUUCUUAUUACUUGUACGGAUGAAGAUUGCUUUAAAAUGAAGUUGAUAAUUUGUCUAAUUUCUGUGUGACUUCCUACUUGAAGGUGUUGCAUGUUUAGGUUUCAUUCCUUUAACUUUGCAUCAUGUGGAUGUUUUCACAAAUCUUCCUGUUUCCUAUUCCCCACACAUUAUGUGUGAUUUUGUUAAUGAGUCAUGCUUAUUGUGAAAAUAGUCAUAAAAUUAUGUGACUAAUUGAAAUUACACUGCCCUUAUUACCCAUUAACCCACUAACUUAGGGUUUGUGCCAAGGUGCAGGUCAGCAAGAAAAAGUUCUUAUUUGAAAGUACAAUAUGUUUGAAAGCUACAUUUCUGAAUUUCUAUUUCAAUAGAAAGUUUACUGUAAUUCUGAGGUGAAUUUAAAGGCUUCCAUUUUAGGAUGUCUGUAUACAGAAGAAACUGUGAAGGCCCUUUGCCUUACAUAUUCACCCCUCAAGUGGUGUGCCUCUUGAAAUCAGCUGCUCUGAGUAGUAAUAAAGUUUAUCUUGAAACAA